ACAAAAAGUUGUUGGCAACGUUGGUCCAACAUGGGGACGGAAAAUGACUACUGGAUACCUAAGAUGUAAUGGCAUGUAUGUUGCGGAACAAAGAGUUGGGCAGUCACUCUCUCGUGUUGCACCGGCUCAUUUUGAGAGUAGAAAGAACAGAGCUGAACAGAUGAAAAAUCCUAUUCCCUAUUGUGCUGAAUAUUUUGGGCACAAAAUGCAUGUUGACCAAAAUGAGAAACUGUCAAUGUACGGYGUUACACAUGUAUGCGCUAUUGAUGGGUACAGCGGAAAAAUAAUUAGUCACACUUUGAUGCCCAUCAAAAACAAUCUUGCUAUUUAUGAAGAUGUCUUCAGAAAUCCUGUUUUGUCAUAUGGAUUAUGGGACCAACUGAGAGUUGAUCAGGGCAGAGAGUUUUGCCUCAUGUUGUUUGUACAAGAUAUGCUAAGUAAAUACCGAAGAAACACUGACCGUCUUCCUUAUAUGCAGACCACUUCAAAAGAA